AUGUCGAGAUCGCGGACUACAAAGUCCAAAUUGACGGACGCCCAGCUGCAGCGAAAGCGCGAGUGCGACAGGGAAGCCCAGAAGCAGAUCCGCCUCAAGACCAAAACGCGGAUUGCGCAUCUCGAGAAUCUUGUGGCAACUCUACAACAAUCUGACGGGACACGAAGCCAGGUUAGUGACCUAGUGCGUCAAGUCACCAAAGGCCACGAGGAAAUCACUCGAUUGCGCGAGGCUUUGCGAGCUAUAGGAAAACAAGUGGAAGGCUCCCUUCGGUCGUCAAGUCGAGACUCUACACAACUUGUCGGAGAAGAUCCUGGUUCACGUCCUUAUACCUCUAACGACGAGGAAGUCUUUCCUGACUUUGUAGACUCGCUUGAGCAGCAGAAGUCUACAGAUGGCUCGCCAACAAAUACAGACGACCCCUCCCAGCCCGAGGACGCUCAAAGGGAAGGUUGUAAGAGUGCACGCAUCAAUAACACCACUGCGCAUGCCGAAAGCAUCAACGCACACGUUGAUAGCACCGACACACUAGAGCUGUCUAUCGUUAACAUGGUCGCUGGGACAGAUGAAAGUAUCACUUCACUACAUCUGGAUCUGAGCACACCUGAGAUGCCACUCGACACUCUCACAAGUGCAGAGAGCAGCCUUGCCUCUCUCCCCAUCUCCGAGAUGGCUGCUCAGAUCACUCAAGACAAAUCUCUCGAUGGCAGACUUUGGUACCUUGCUGGUACCUUGCUCAACCUUAUUUUGGCCGUCGAGGACAAGGAGCGAACACCGGAUGAAUAUAACGAUGAUAUUCCUAUUCGGGCAGUUCUUCAUGGCUGGCCUGCCGUUGCUGCUCGGUACACACUAGACCUCGGGUGGCAGUGGAUACGACAAUUGGACGAGAAGAUGUACUCUUCCUUGGGUGUUCCAGAAAGACUGUCGGUCAUGAGGUUAAUGCGUAUUCAGUACCAGGUCCAAGCUCAUCCGGACACGAUGUCUUCUGUUACAGUGCCGAGCUUCAUGGUUCCAAGGCCAGCUCAGGCUCAUAUACAGCAUGAUCCUCUCAUCGAACACUGGGUAUGGCCAGGCCUUCGAGAACAACUCCUGUUCAACCCGUUCAUGUGCGCCACGAACCGGUUCAUGGACAAUUUCCGUGAAUCCCUCCACUUCCUAUGGCCUUUUGAUCCGACAGACGCCUAUUGCCGGAACUCUCUAACAGGCAUGUAUUCGUUUUCGACGAUGUUUCUGGAUCGUUCAAGCGAUUUGAGAUCUCACUGCCUCAGCAAAAAAUUCCUCGAUUUGUUCCCGCAAUUGAAGCCAGACAUCCCAUCAUUUGAUGUGUCACUGUGGAAUCAGAAUCUUUUGUUAACAACAACGUUGGACUCGGCAAUAAGUUGGCAAUCAAAACCAUUGACUCCUGAAGAAGACAGUGACGACUUGUUGCCUCUGGAGCUAUACUUGGACAGCCAUAAGUGA